GGGGCCUGUUUUUGUGACUGUAGCCUCCUUCCUGUAGCCCGGUUGAGGAAGUGAAUUUCGCUGACAGGGCUGGGUUCAGAGAGGGAGACGCGAACAAAACAUCUUCAUCACGGCUCUCAAAAAACAUCAAAGCAACAAGAGACAAAAGGAGCGACCUGUUAAACCAUAGUAAAGUUAGGGUGUACACUCAUUGGUGAAGUCGUCCUCUCUCCUGCCCAGCUGAGACCGCCGCAGACAUGAAUGACCAGCAGCUGGAUUGUGCUCUGGACCUGAUGAGGCGUCUGCCUCCUCAGCAGAUCGAGAAGAACCUCAGUGACCUCAUUGACCUGGUGCCCAGUCUGUGUGAGGACCUCCUUUCCUCUGUGGACCAGCCCCUAAAGAUCGCACGAGACAAAGUGGUGGGGAAAGACUAUCUGCUCUGUGAUUACAACCGAGACGGCGACUCCUACAGAUCCCCGUGGAGUAAUAAAUAUGAACCUCCCAUUGAAGACGGUGCAAUGCCUUCGGCCCGCCUGAGGAAACUCGAGGUUGAGGCAAACAAUGCCUUCGAUCAGUACAGAGACCUGUACUUUGAAGGUGGGGUUUCCUCCGUGUACCUCUGGGAUUUGGAUCACGGCUUUGCAGGAGUUAUUCUCAUUAAGAAGGCUGGAGAUGGAUCUAAGAAGAUCAAAGGGUGCUGGGACUCCAUUCAUGUGGUGGAGGUGCAGGAGAAGUCCAGUGGUCGUACCGCUCACUACAAACUCACCUCCACUGUCAUGCUGUGGCUCCAAACAACGAAAACUGGCUCCGGUACCAUGAACCUCGGCGGCAGCCUUACAAGACAGAUGGAGAAAGACGAGACGGUUGGAGAGUCCUCACCCCACAUCGCUAACAUCGGCCGCCUCGUUGAAGAUAUGGAGAAUAAGAUCCGCUCCACACUGAAUGAAAUCUACUUUGGGAAGACCAAGGACAUCGUCAACGGCCUGAGGAGUGUGCAGACUCUGGCUGACAAGUCAAAGCAGGAAGCUCUGAAGGUCGACCUGAUGGAGGCGCUCAAACGCAAACAUAACAGCUAGAGAUGCUACUGUUGUUUUCUUCUGUCUCUCUGUCUCUCUCUCUCUGCCUCAUCCCUGCCAUCUUUUCUCUGUUUCUUUACGUCUCUUCCUCCAUGCCUGUUUCAGUGCUGCACUCUUGUUUAUUUGUGGAAAAACAAAAAAGGAGAAAUGCUUAGCUUUUUUUUUUUUUUUUUUGUCUGGUUGUUUUCAUGCAUCUCAUCUGCCAUGAAGCCAUUCACUCACGCUCUGUUUGUCUUCUCCCCUCUUUUCACUCUCUCCCUCUCUCUCUCACUCUCUCUCUCUCUGUCCCAUGUUAUGAAUAUGAUAGUAUUACCACGGUUAAUGAUAAUCUCGAGAGUCACUCUAGUAAUAAUCCCUGAUGUUCUCACAGCUGAUAUGUCCUCAGUCUGUUUGUAACGAGCGACUCUGGCCCUGCUCUUCCUCUGUGACGAGGACACAGACUGUGCAGUAGGUGGUGGAGGCUUGGCAGUGGUGUCAUUAUUAUGUUCAUCAAAUUAUAUUCUUGCAACUAUCUUUUUUCUUUUUUUUUUUUUUCCUAUGGCACCCACCCACCCGACCCCAAACCCAAAUAUAUUUGUAUAGAAUUAAAACUGUCCAUGUAUAAAGAGUGGUUAUUCUUCUGGGCGAUAUAAACGGUGCAAAGACGAGGGCGGCCUUUCUGUGUGAACAACAACGUUUUUACACUUUAUUUCCACUCUGUCCACAUGCAUGAGAGCCUUUGUGGAGCUGCAGAAGGUGGAAAUGAAAACUUCCCAAACAUAGGGAUGGACUGUUGUUAUCACCGGGUACACCCUCGUCAUAAUCAACUCCCCCCCACACACACACACUGUAUAACAUGAGUUUGCUUCCCCUUUGUUCAGCCUGUUAACGUCUUCUCUAUCCUCACCUAUUAUGUCUUUGUUGGGGGUCACAGUUUGUCUUGGUGUCACGGUGGAAACCUUUGUUUCCAUUUUGGAGGGGAAUCUUUGUUGUUGUUUUGUUUUUUUUGUUUUGUUUUUAUUUUGUAAAGCUUAUGACUCAUAUUGUAUUAGAGCCUCCAGCAACAAUAAAAAUUGUAAAAAGCUA